CCUGAUUUCAACAAUUUAUGCAAGCAUCUCCAACAGAUUACAGGUUGGCUUAAGAAUUGUUCAUAACAAUUGUUUCGAUUUCUUUUGUUUCACAGGUACUGAUAGAGUUUCAUUUGCAGGAUUUCGCGCCUGUAAAUGUUUAUAUAAUCACUACCGAUUGAAUUUGUUUGGGGUUUGCACACCAUGCGAAACAGUCGGACUAAAAUGUCAGGAUGAGUUUGCGAAUCUUUCAGUUGGCUUUUGGUGGCACUGGAAAGAUAAGACACACUUAGGACUGUACAGAAACUUCAGUAAAAGCGUAAAGGAUUUCUUCUUUACUCCUGAAUUACACAACGGAAAAGACUCCGGCAUUGAAUACCCGUACACUGUUCCUCAACCGCACAGAUGUCCCAUGGCAGAUGUUUGUAAGGGAGGUUUGGAUUCUUCAUGUGAGGCUGGUUAUAAAGGGCCAUUAUGUUCAGUUUGUAGUGAUGGAUAUUAUAAACAACUGAAGAAAUGUAAGCUGUGCCCAACAAAAAAAUGGAUGAUCGGACAGUGUGCAAUUAUUGGGGCAUUAGUUAUGUUACUGGUUAUACUUGUGGUGUGGAGAAGCAAGAAAAAGUGCAAAAAGAACGCUGGACGAUCUUUCCUUGACGAGGUCCUCGGAAGGAUUAAAGUUAUUAUUGCCUUUUAUCAGGUGACGUUUGGUAUCAUGGAGGCGUUUUCAUACAUAAAAUGGCCUGAAAGUCUUAAUGUUAUUGGAGAGUUUUCCCAGAUAAUGCAGAUAAACAUCCUUCAGAUAGCUCCCCCCCACUGCAUCCUUCCUGGCUUGGGAGUCGACGCAUUGGGAAGUUUGCUUGCAACUAUGGGGUUGAACAUUGCAGCAGUCAUCAUCGCCUUUACUGGCCUUGCCCUUGCCUCCUGGACAUCGACACGACAUAUGUUGAAUGAAGAGCAAAAAAUGAAGAAAAAAGAACGUGUUAAAGCGGUCGUAAAGAGAAGUCUGUUUUUCUUUCUUUACGUGACCUAUCUGAACACUUGCCUAAAAACUGUUCAAGUCUUGCCUCUUACCUGCCACAAAAUCUGCGUUGACCAAAACGAUGAAAGCUGCGUGGAGUACCUAAAGGCCGACUACCGCAUUGACUGCAAAGGAGAGAGGUACAAACGAUUAGUCAUCGUGGGAUACUGUUCCAUUGUGUAUGUGAUUUUUCUGCCUGCUGCCGCUUUCAUAGCAAUUUGGAAACGACAGAGAGCGGCGAGGGAAGCUGAGGACGAAGCAACAGACGGCACAAAUGAUUUUAAAGGCCGAGGCACCAUGGAAACGGGAUUGCGAUUCUUACACGAAAGCUACACCUCUCGUUGUUGGUAUUGGGAACUGGUAGAGACAUUUCGAAAGGUUAUUUUGACAUCUGGAUUGAUCCUUUUGGAUAGCGAGAGCAGAGGUUACAUUGGGCUAGCAUUGCUUUCGUCAGGAUUCUAUGGGAUAUAUUUCGCCCUAAAAAGGCCAAUAAAUGAUCCAUUCGAAAACAAGCUUAUGCUGUCUUCACUUGCCGUUACCUUCGUAAACCUUGCAGUAGGAGCCGUGAGCACAAUUCCGAGUGAGGGUUUUGGCACAUCAUUCGACCCAAUAGUGGAUAAUCUGUUGUUCAAUGGCUUGGUCAUUGUUGCCAACUGCUUGGUUAUUGGACUCCUUGUCGGUAAGUUAACACUAUCAUGCAUUCUAUUGGUCUGUCACAAAUCCUCUUACAUUUUACUGGCGGGCUCAUACCUUAACUGGGGCACAAUGAUUUGCUUGGUGAAAGUUCUUGCAAUGAAAGAUACAUAGAUUACUUCAUAAUUAAAUGAGUGCUCACGAUUCUUAAUCAAGAGUCAGUGUACAGCGAACCAUAACAAGAAAGUUAUUUGUUUAUUAAAUGAGUAAGAAGAUAUAAUGAAAGUUGUUUUCAUUUCUUUGACUUUCAAUCAAAACCAAAUCAAAGAGGACGGAACGGUCUUCUUAGAUCAGGCCUCUACGUUCUACGAUUUACUGGCAAGUGGGGGGGAUAACUAGCUUGUUCAAUACGAAGUUACAGGAGAUUGCUAUUUUAAUGUUUAAAAUCAAGAAUAAAUUAUUACCGACAAAUAGAAUGGGACUCUUUCUUCGUUCACGGGAAGAAUAUCAUACACCAAGAGAAAGAACUUUUACGUACGGAAAACACUGACUUAGGUCUUAUGGUGGAAGUUAUAUUAAGUAUGAGCGAUAGAAAUGAGAUAUCCCGAAAGAAAAUCAAAGAAAGUAUGAGGAAAAAGGACUUGGAAGGCGGAGGGUGGGCUUAAAUCAAGGGACAACAUAUAAGGGAAACCGUCAUCUCUCAAGCGAGCACCUGCGGUCAUUUUUAUCCCGCCAAGAUUCUUUAAGUCGUAUUUUCGCUAAUUAUUACUAUUGGUGUGGGGUCAAAUCUGACCCCACGUUGAUUUUUUGAUAACAUUUCACAAAUCACUUUAAGAAAAAAAAAUCUGGAUAAAACACAUGGAACUCAUCGCUUUAGAGACGAGAAGAAAACUGGGACAGGUUAACUUUCGCAAAGACUUCUGGGACUGUUACCACACAGAGAAAAAAAAUUGGCCAAUAGCUGACUGGAGCCAAGAAAAAAUUGCGGAAAACAUUUCUCCUCCAGUUCCCUUCUCCUUUCUAAAGUGGUGAAAAAAAGAUAACCUGACUUUACAUAAACCCUGUUUGGCUUCUUGAGAUAACCAGGAAGGUGGUUACCAAGCCUUUAAGCUACACUUACUGUCUUGAGCGCUGGGCCGGUGUUUCGGCUUGUUACAAGACUACUAAAAAGCGGUAUUCUUACAGAAAAAAAGGUUCAAAAACAGGUCUUCAUGUCUUUCCUCUGUUGAAGCUAUAAAGGCCACGUUGUAAUGUGAAAGAGUUUGUAAUUUGUUUCAGUGCAGUAUAUGGCGUAUAUUUACCACUACGUAAAAGAAUGGCGCAAGAAUCCAAAGUGCUCAUUAUCCUGCUGUCUGGCCUUGCUAUUGCCCCUUAAUCAACUACAAGGAGAAAUACGUGGAUUAACUGAGAGGAACUUACUGAGUCAGCAGCUACAAACUGGUAGAAUGGAGAUGCCAUCGAUUGUUAGCACUUUAAAGGACAGUGGGGCAGUUGAUAUUACUCUUGAAGAGCACAAUGCAGAACGCGAACAAGAAGAAGAAACAGAAAACGAGAUAAGUAUGAUUGAAAAGGGCGUUCGUACACUCGCUAAAGUAAGUGUUCAUGAGCUUCCAAGGGGAACUUAUGCUCUUGAAGAGCACAAUGCAGAACGCGAACAAGAAGAAGAAACAGAAAACGAGAUAAGUAUGAUUGAAAAGGGCGUUCGUACACUCGCUAAAGUAAGUGUUCAUGAGCUUCCAAGGGGAACUUAUGCUCUUGAGGAGCUCAAUGCAGAACGCGAACAAGAAGAAGAAACCGAAAACGAGGUAAGUAUGAUUGAACAGGGCCUUCUUACACUCCCUAAAGUCAGUGUUCAUGAGCCUCCAAUGGUAAUUUAUGAAACCGCAGUCUAA